GUUAUAUAAUUAGGGCCAUUGUCAGCUGCGCCGUUAGCAUAUUUAAGGCGGCUAGCACUGCAGAGGCAGCCUCGUCUGGCAACCUCGGUGCACGAAGACUCGGUCGAACAAAGACAGGGAGUCUACCUGCGGGAGUCCACCGAGGAUGGCCGACGAGACGGAUCACCUCUUCUGAUAAUCUGCUGUGAACAAAGCAGACUUCAUCCCGGCGUUUGCAUCCCAUGCUUCUCUUCACGCCCUUGCGCUGACAGAGACAUGGAUCCGCCCAGAGAACACUGCAACUCCAGCUGCUCUCUCCGUCAACCACUCGUUCUCUCACUCACCCCGCUCAACCGGGCGAGGUGGUGGGACAGGUUUGCUCCUUUCCCCACAUAUUAAAUACACAUCCACCCCACUCUCUGUUACUGCCAAACCAUUUGAACACCAUUAUGUGAUGCUAGCUGAUCCUAUCAAAGCAUUUUUAGUUGUCCUCUACCGCCCACCAGGGCCGCUAGCCGACUUUGUGGAGGAGCUGGAUAUGCUCCUCAGCAUCCUCUCGGAUGAUGGAACACCGCUGAUACUCCUUGGGGACUUCAACAUCCACCGCGAAGGAACGCAGGCCGUCGACUUCAAGUCUCUUCUGACUUCCUUCGACCUGAAGCUGCUGAACACACUGGUGACCCACAAGGCAGGAAAACAGCUUGACCUCAUCCUGACACGUAACUGUAUCACUGACUUAACCUCUGUAACCCCACUACACAUUUCUGAUCACUCCUUCAUCCAAUUAUCUGUCUCUCUCCCUCCAACUCCUCCUACCUCCCCUUCCCUCGUAACUUUCCGCCGCAACCUCCGCUCCCUAUCCCCCUCCCAUUUCUCCUCCAUUGUAACAUCUUCCCUCCCUCCCAUUGACGAGUUUAUGUGCCACCCCACUGACACUGCCACCAACACCCUGUUAUCCACACUAACUGCAUCACUCGACACUCUCUGUCCCCUGUCAACCAGGCCUGCGCGAUCUUCUCCCUCCUGCCCGUGGCUCAUGGAUGUGAUUCGUGAAGAACGGUCCAUCCUUCGGGCAGCUAAGAGGAGAUGGCGCAAGUCCAAAGACGGUCUGGACCUCGAUAAGUAUCACUCCCUCCUCAAAUCCUUCUCUGCCCGCAUAACUGAUGCUAAAACCCACUACUUCCUGAACAAAAUUAACUCUGCCUCAAACGCUCACAAACUUUUCUCUACCUUCUUAACCCACCUCCCCCACCCUCCCCCUCCACCCUGACAGCAGACAACUUCUCCUCCUUCUUUGAGAAAAAAGUUGCUGACA